AUGAGCGAAACCAUGAGAGCAGUCGAUAUCAAAGAGGGAAAGGGCCCCAAAGAGAACCUAUUCAUCAAUCCAGAUGUGCUGAGGCCUAUCCCCGGCGAUGGAGAAGUGCUUGUCAAAGUCAAAGCCUUCGGUAUCAAUCGAAUGGAUACAAUCCAGCGACUUGGCGACUACCCUUUGCCACCACAAGCGCCCAAUACUCUCGGUGUGGAAUUCAGUGGCACCAUCCACACAUUCGGUACUGGAAAUCACGGGGACUUCAAACAGGAUGACGAAGUCUUUGGCCUAGCCUACGGAGGUGCAUAUGCUGAAUUCAUCGCUGUGAACCAUCAAAUGUUGCUGCACAAACCUGCGAGUUUGACCUGGGAGCAAGCUGCCGGCAUCCCAGAAACGUGGAUUACCGCUACGCAGGCUUUGUUCCUAGUUGGGGAGUUUACAGCGGGCAAGACAGUGCUCUGGCAUGCUGGUAUGUCGGGUGUCUCCAUUGCUGGCAUCCAGCUUGCCAAGGACGCUGGCGCAGCUGCUGUAUACGCCACGGCCGGAUCGCCUGCGAAAUGCGAAUUCGUUGUUCGAGAGAUAGGGGCAACAGCGGCUUUCAAUUAUAAAACGCAGGACUGGGUGACAGGCAUCAAGGAGGCAACGAACGGCAAGGGAGUAGACAUCAUCAUCGAUUUCAUCGGCGGUGGCGGCUACUUCCAGAAGAACCUUGAUGUCGCUGCUCGAGACGCUCAUAUUGUGCAGUUGGGCCUGCUGGGAGGAAGCAAGGUCGAUGGCGCAGACAUUGAGCAACUGCUUUACAAGAGAAUUCGAAUCCAAGGGAGUACGCUGCGAAGUAGAGAGAUCGAAUACCAGGGCAAACUCCGGGACAGGCUGGAAGAGUACAUUCCGCACUUCGAGACGGGCGAUCUCAAGGUGGUUAUUGAUACGGUUUUACCGUGGGAGGAGAUACAAAAGGCUCACGGCUUGUUAGAAGCCAACUCUACUUCGGGGAAGAUCGUUUGCACUAUUUCAUGA